AUGCUGACGAUGCGGUCGGGCGCCGCGACCAACAUCCUCAUCGAAGUCAAGCAGAAGACCCGGCGGUCCCUUGAUGCGCUCGAGCGCCAGUAUGGCGAGUUCGACAUUCACAUUGCGGACCAGCUCGGCCAGCUCUCGCUGUACUGCAUCAUGGGCGGCGAGUACGACGAGGCGCUGCCGCUGCUCCACCGCAAGCUCGUGAUCCACGAGAAAUUUGGACCUGACGAGAGCAUUGGCGACACGUACCAGCAGCUCGGCACGACCUACCGCCUGUACGCCAACUACCUCUUGGCGGCGCAGCAUUUUGAGAAGGCGCGGAGCCACCGCGAGCGGCUGCAUGGGAAAAACAGCGCCAAAGUGGCCGAGACGUUGAGCAGCCUCGCGGUUCUGCACCAUUGCCAGGGGAACACGGCCGUCGCAGAGGAUUUUCACACGCAGAGCCUGGUCGCAUUUUACGAGAGCACGGAAGAAGAGGACGUCGAGAGCGAGGAAAUCCCAUGGGAAGUGUUCAAGCGGCUCCGGCAGCAGCAGACCCACCCGCCGUCGACGGCUCAAAACAGCAUGACGCUGCUGAAAGGCACGAUUCGCAAGACGAUCCAGGCGGCCGUGCUUCAGGAUACAGCGGCGCCGCCAGUGUCGUCGACCUCGAUCGCGAGUGCCGACGAAUUCGAGCCGCCAAAGCUGCGCAUGCGGUCGCUCUCGGACGGCGCGCUGCCGCUGCACACACCACCCACCUCGUCCAACGGUGUGUCGGAUCGACCCAAGGUCGCCCAGCUGCUCAAGAAGCAGCUCUCGACGUCGUCCGAUAGCACGAUUGUGCCCGACUCGCCGAUGGAGACGAGCCAAGGCCACUUUCCAGAGGCAACCCACGAGCCGAUCACGAGCUUUCCCGUGCUUGUCGAGCGUGUCGACAUGGUCAAGCGCAAGCACGCGUCCGGGCUCGGCUUUCCGGGCAUUGAGAAGGAGAUGAACCGCCUCGCCUGUGACAUUGGGCUCAUCGCCGCCGGCGAUCUUCGCCAAGUGGGCUUGCUCAUGCUCGGGCUGCUUCAAGACGCGGUCAAGCUCAGCAGUCAACUCGACCAGAAAAAGCUCCCGGUGCUGGAAGGGUAUCUGGAGAAGAAGAGCUCGUCGAUCUUUCGCGGCUGGGAGCGUCGGUGGUUUAAAGUCGAUACGCGGACGCUCGUCCUGACCUACUUUCACUCGAAAGAAGAUCAAAUGCGCGGGUUUGCGCCGCGCGGCAGCUUUGCACUCUCGCGGAUCACGCACCUCGUGACCCACGCCCACCUCCGGGGCAAUCGGUAUGCGUUUGAUAUUGUCGUCGACCUCGGAACGCGCGCCAACCCGCAUGCGACGCGGACCUUUGAGCUCCGUUGCGAGUCGGAAGCCGACCUCAAGUACUGGGUCGACACGAUUGAAAAGUACCAAGCGUUCAGUCGACGCACGUCCAGCAAUGCCGCCGCGCUUCCGCCGUCGCCACAGACGUCGCCUCCAACGUCCCAGAAUUGA